AGGAUGUUCCUACCUUUAACCAAGUGGACCAAGAUCUCUAUCAUCGACUCCCUCCCUGCCCCCCUCCUCUUAUAAACCAUACAUUGAAACGACGUCUAAUUGUGUUGUGAUCCAGGCAGCAGUGAGCUCAGUACACAGCUAGGCACAGCGACGGGGUCCGGUCCAGGGCCAUGGCUAAGGAAAGCAAGCUAACGGCCGGGGUGGCCGCCGCGCUGACCGUCGUCGCCGCUUGCGCGCUAUGCCUGCUGCUGCCGGCGACGGCCCGCGCGCAGCUCCGGGUGGGAUUCUACGACACCAGCUGCCCCAACGCCGAGGCGCUCGUCCGCCAGGCCGUCGCGGCCGCCUUCGCCAAGGACGCCGGCAUCGCCGCCGGCCUCAUCCGCCUCCACUUCCACGACUGCUUUGUCAGGGGCUGUGAUGGAUCCGUCCUCCUCACCGUGAAUCCUGGCGGCGGGCAGACUGAGCGUGACGCCCUCCCAAACAACCCGAGCCUCCGCGGCUUCGACGUGAUCGACGCCGCCAAGACCGCCGUUGAGCAGAGCUGCCCGCGCACAGUCUCGUGCGCCGACAUCGUCGCCUUCGCCGCCCGCGACAGCAUCAGUCUCACCGGGAGCGUCUCGUACCAGGUCCCCGCGGGCCGGCGCGACGGCCGCGUGUCCAACGCGACGGAGACCGUCGACCUACCCCCGCCCACCUCCACGGCGCAAAGCCUGACCGACUUGUUCAAGGUCAAGGAGCUUAGCGUGGAGGACAUGGUCGUCCUCUCCGGCGCUCACACCGUCGGCCGCUCCUUCUGCGCCUCCUUCUUCAAGCGCGUCUGGAACACAAGCACGAACCCCGCUACCGCAAUCGUGGACGCGGGGCUGAGCCCGUCGUACGCGCAGCUACUACGCGCGCUGUGCCCGUCAAACACGACGCAGACGACGCCGAUCACGACGGCCAUGGACCCGGGAACGCCCAACGUGCUGGACAACAACUACUACAAGCUCCUGCCUCGCGGCAUGGGGCUCUUCUUCUCCGACAACCAGCUGCGCGUGAACCCGCAGAUGGCCGCGCUGGUGAGCAGCUUCGCGUCCAACGAGACGCUGUGGAAGGAGAAAUUCGCGGCGGCCAUGGUAAAGAUGGGACGCAUCCAGGUGCAGACAGGGACGUGCGGAGAGGUCCGUCUCAACUGCGGCGUCGUCAACCCGAGUUCGUACUCGUCGUCGUCGGCGGUGGAGCUGGGUUCGAGCGCGCCAGCAGCCGUCGGUGAAGAGGGCUACGCCGCGAGCUAGUAGCUCGCAUACCAGUCUUCGGCCGCCGUCGUUGUCGAGAUCAAUGAUUUUUUUUCUCUCUCUCGCAUGCAUCCCUCUUCUGCUUUUAUUUUGUCGCGUGGACUGUGGUUUUUGUUGUGUCGAUGAUCUUUGUUGUGUGCCAGUGCCACUAAACGUACGCAUGCCGGCCGGCGAACUCUUAACUUCGGUGGCGGGUAAUAAUAAGCAUAUGUAUGAGUAAGA